CGAGCCCUGGAGAGACGGUGCAGAGCUCGGAAGGAAAAAAGAGCAGAAGUACCAGGGUCGCAGGGUUCAAGAUGGCUCCGGCCUCCUUGGGUGACGUAGAGGGAAGACCUUGGGUCCGCCCCUCCCUCUUCGAAAAGCGGGGAGCAGAACUGGGGUUAGCCCGACGUGUGGAUGGUGCGGCCGUCGGCCAGUAGCGCUGGUGUUAACCCCACUCUCUCGGUUGGACGGCUCGGCCUCUCUAGGUGAUUCUCACAGCAGGACCGAGCCCAAGGCCCACCGUUGUGAUGUGACCCAGCAGACCACAGUGGACCUCAACUCCGUUCUAGACCUUAAAAGCAGAAAAGGACUGACUGGUUCCACCCCCUUAUGAGUGGGCGCCCAAAGGGCAGGGUCCGAUCCCUAGGUGACCCGCCGCAGGAUGGAGUAGAUCCGCCCCUUCCUUGUAAUUUGCCCUGCAGAGAUUUGGAUCUUCUUCCUGGCUGAACCGUUCCAACAGUCAGUGACCCUCACUGUGGCCCAAGGCCCAGAAUUAGGUGACCAGAAUGGAGCUGUGGCCCGGGGCCUGGACGGCGCUGCUGCUGCUGCUCCUCCUCCUGCUGUCCACCCUGUGGUUCUGCAGCUCCAGUGCCAAGUAUUUCUUCAAGAUGGCCUUCUACAAUGGCUGGAUCCUCUUCCUGGCAAUACUCGCGAUCCCUGUGUGCGCCGUUCGAGGACGCAAUGUCGAGAACAUGAAGAUCUUGCGUCUGCUGCUGCUCCACGUCAAAUACUUGUAUGGGAUCCGAGUGGAGGUGCGGGGGGCUCAGCACUUCCCUCCCACACAGCCCUACGUUGUUGUCUCCAACCACCAGAGUUCCCUCGACCUGCUUGGAAUGAUGGAGGUACUGCCAGAUCGCUGUGUGCCCAUUGCCAAGCGUGAACUAUUAUGGGCUGGCUCUGCCGGGCUGGCCUGCUGGCUGGCAGGAGUCAUCUUCAUUGACCGGAAACGCACAGGAGACGCUAUCAGUGUCAUGUCCGAGGUGGCCCAGACCCUGCUCACCCAGGAUGUGAGAGUCUGGGUUUUUCCUGAAGGAACAAGAAACCACAAUGGCUCCAUGCUGCCCUUCAAACGAGGCGCCUUCCACCUUGCAGUACAGGCCCAGGUCCCCAUCGUCCCCAUUGUCAUGUCCUCCUAUCAAGACUUCUACUGCAAAAAGGAACGCCGCUUCACCUCUGGGCGAUGUCAGGUGCGGGUGCUGCCCCCAGUGCCCACAGAAGGGCUCACACCAGAUGAUGUCCCAGCUCUGGCAGACAGAGUCCGGCACUCCAUGCUCACCAUCUUCCGGGAGAUCUCCACUGAUGGCCUGGGUGGUGGCGAUUGUCUAAAGAAGCCUGGGGGAGCGGGCGAGGCCCGGCUCUGAGCUCCACCCGUCCUCCCCUUCUUCCUCCCCAUACCUGACACAGGGCCUGAGGCAGGGCCAGGCCCCCUUCCCUGGUCCCUACUCCCUACUCUCCUUUUGGAAUCCUCAACUUCUGAAGUGAAUGUCACUCCGUGUUCUGUCCCUGCCCCACCCAUGGACUCUCCUGCGUGGGUGCAGUCUCCACUCCAAGCCCACCUGCCAUCUUGUCUUGUGGGACUAUUGCCUACCCUCAUCUCAAGUGGCUCAUGAUACAAGGGUGGGAGACAUUCCAUCCCAUCCCUUCCCUAGUGGUCUCUUUGUGGCCUUCUCUCCCUCUCCGCCCUACACUGGACAAUGAACUCAUCUGUUCUGUGGAACAGUCCACCCCUCACCCCAAGUCUGCAGAUUGACUGGGCUCACCUGCUACUGAGGACUCCCCCGUCCUGUGGCUGGAAGCUGAACCUGACACUCCUCACCGGCUCACCUGGGGACUGCCUCAGCACUGUCACCCUCCAUGGGGCUGUCACCCUCCAUGGGGCUGGCUCUUGUCACUCAGAGGUCUGUCUCAUCCCUGCCCAUGCCCGGGGCUGAGCACACUCCACAUGCCAAUGUCUGUUUCCCCCAGCCACACCCCUGCCCCCAGUAGUGGUCUUCAGGGCCCUGGCCCAGCACCAUCUAACCAAAUUCUGGAGAGGCAGGUGCCAGAAGCUGUGCUCUCUCCUCCCUGGGGCCUUAGGGAGAAGAACCUGACUCUGGCAAGAGGGAGAGGGGGGCACUUAAUUUAUUUCUUUCUUUGAGGUACCUCCCUCCCGGGCCAAUUUUCAUUUCCUCCCAGUGGCGCUGGCCCCCCCUGCCUCCCACCCUAGACCCAUUCCUCAAACCCAGGAGGUAGGCUGGGGGAAGAAGGAACGGGCGGGAUCCAGUUUUGUGUGGUUGGUUUUUAUUAUCUGGAUAACAGCAAGCAACUGGAAAUAAAGAGAAAGAGAGA